CAGUUGCCCAGAUCCCUCCCUCCCUCCCUCCCCAUGUGAGCGCCGUCGCUGGUGAAGAUGCUGAUACGAUUUUAACGCCGCUUUAAAAACCACAAGGACAGGCAGCAAAAUGUUUAUUGGGAAAGAAAUCCCUUGGCGGCGCUUGGAAAGUAUUUCGUUCAGCGUGUAUUCGGAGGAGGAGAUCAGGAAAUUGAGUGUCAAAGCCAUCACUAAUCCACAUCUCUUGGACAAUGUGGGCAAUCCAGCAGCAAAUGGUCUGUAUGAUCUGGCGUUGGGUCCAGCUGAUUCCAAAGAAGUCUGCGGUACCUGUGCUCAGGAUUUUACCAAUUGCCCUGGACACAUGGGCCACAUAGAGCUCCCGCUGACAGUCUACAACCCCUUAUUUUUUGAUAAACUCUACUUCAUGAUCAGAGGCUCCUGCCUGAAUUGUCAUAUGCUGACAUGUCCUCGUGCAACAAUGUACCUGCUACAAAAUCAGCUGCAAAUUGCAGAUUCUGGGGCUGUUGAAAAUGUUUAUGAAUUAGAGAGAAUAUUGAAUGGGGUGCUGGAAAGGAACUCUAAGGCCACAACAGAUGAAAUCCAGGAAGCACUGAAUGCACAUACCCAGAUGGUGCUGAAGAAUUGUGUGCCUUGCAAAUUUUCCCAAGUGAAAAAUGUAACUGACUGCAAGGAUAGAUUAAUAAGAGAUUUCUGGAAAAACUACAUGAAAUCACGAAAAUGCCCAAACUGCAAUGCCCGUAAAUCAAUUGUGCGAAAGGAACACAACAGCAAACUAAUAGUGACGUACCCCACGACUGCAAUCAAAACCAAAUCGCAAAAAAAUACAAAUAAAGCCGAGGAAGAAAGUGGAGGAAUCGAUGAUUCGCUCUUUGGAAAACGAGGAGUCCUGACACCCAUCACAGCCAAAGAACAUGUUAUGGAACUGUGGAAUAAUGAUGGCUUCUUCCUGAAGUGUCUGUUUUCUGGCUUGAAAACGCAUGGAAGCUCAAAAUCCAAAUGGAACCUAGACAUGUUUUUCCUUGAUCUUCUCCUUGUGCCUCCUUCCAGAUUUCGUCCAAUUAAUCGGCUUGGAGACCAGAUGUUUACCAAUGGGCAAACUGUUAAUCUGCAAUCAGUGAUGAAAGAUGUCCAUGUGAUACAUAAACUUCUGAUCUUAAUAGCACAGGAACGGGCCAAGCUGGAACAGCCUGAUCAGACAGAAGAGACAGCAGCUCUAGAAGAGGACACUCAGUCUAAGAUGGACCUUGCAUUCUUAGCUGGUAUUUCGGGACAGACACUGACGGACAAACUAUACAGUGCCUGGAUAUUCCUCCAAAGCCACGUAAACAUUGUUUUUGACAGUGAGAUGGAUAAGCUGAUUACUGACAAGUUUCCUGGUAUUCGGCAGAUCUUGGAAAAGAAGGAUGGGCUCUUCCGCAAGCACAUGAUGGGGAAACGUGUGGAUUACGCUGCCCGGUCUGUCAUCUGCCCCGACAUGUACAUCAACACCAAUGAGAUCGGUAUCCCCAUGGUCUUUGCUACAAAACUGACUUAUCCUCAACCAGUGACACCUUGGAACGUGCAGGAGCUGAGGCAGGCAGUGGUAAAUGGGCCGAAUAUACAUCCAGGGGCUUCCAUGGUCAUCAAUGAAGAUGGAACACGGACUAUUCUCAAUGCAAGCAAUACAAGCCAGAGAGAGGCCAUCGCCAAACAACUACUGACUCCCAGUACUGGAGAGCAGAACUCAGGGAUGAAAAUUGUGUGUCGGCACAUUAAGAACGGUGAUGUCCUGCUGCUGAACCGCCAACCCACGCUGCAUAGGCCUUCCAUCCAGGCCCACCGGGCGCGGGUUCUACCUGGGGAGAAAGUCCUGCGGCUUCACUAUGCCAACUGCAAAGCCUACAACGCUGACUUUGACGGCGACGAGAUGAAUGCUCACUUCCCACAGAAUGAACUGGGGCGAGCAGAGGCCUACCUGCUUGCCAGCACUGACCAACAGUAUUUGGUUCCCAAGGACGGCAAACCUUUGGCAGGUUUGAUUCAGGAUCAUAUGGUUUCUGGUGCAAGCAUGACGAUCCGUGGUCGAUUUUUCACAAGGGAACAGUACAUGGAACUUGUCUAUCGGGGUCUUACAGACAAAAAGGGACGUGUGAAAAUCCUUCAGCCGGCAGUGAUCAAACCUUAUCCACUAUGGACUGGAAAACAGGUAGUUUCGACAUUGCUGAUUAACGUAAUCCCUGAGGAUCAAACACCACUGAACUUGAUAGGAACAUCUAAAAUCAAUGGGAAGGCUUGGGUUAAAGAAGCUCGGCGAUUGACGAUGGACUUUGAUUCAGAAUUGAUGUCCGAGUCCAAGGUUAUUAUUCUGGAAGGAGAGCUGCUUUGUGGUGUUCUGGACAAAGCUCACUAUGGCAGUUCAGCUUAUGGGCUGGUCCACUGCUGCCAGGAGCUGUAUGGUGGCGAGACCAGUGGAAAACUGCUGACCUGUUUGGCACGACUCUUUACUGCUUAUCUCCAGCUCUACCGGGGAUUUACUUUAGACGUUGAGGACAUUCUAGUGAAGCCCAAGGCAGACGCAAAGCGAAAAAAAAUCAUUGCACAACUGGCGCAGUGUGGGGCCAAGGCCAUCCGAAAUGCUUUUAAUUUGCCAGAGUCUGCCUCGUGUGAAGAAGCUCAGGAUAAGUGGCAAAAUGCUCACCUCAGUAAAGAUCCCAGGGACAUGAAUGUAGUGGACCUGAAAUUUAAAGAAGAAGUGAAUCAGUACAACAACCAGAUCAACAGGGUGUGCAUGCCUCUGGGUCUUCACAGACAGUUUCCAGAGAACAACCUUCAGCUCAUGGUACAGUCUGGUGCAAAGGGCUCGGCUGUAAAUACCAUGCAGAUUUCGUGUCUUCUUGGACAGAUUGAGCUGGAAGGACGGCGACCUCCAUUGAUGCCCUCUGGAAAAUCGUUGCCCUGUUUCCAACCUUACGACUUCACUCCACGUUCUGGCGGUUUUGUAACUGGCCGCUUUCUUACUGGUAUCAGCCCUCCGGAAUUUUUCUUUCACUGCAUGGCUGGCAGGGAAGGUCUGGUGGACACGGCUGUAAAAACCAGUCGUUCUGGGUACCUUCAAAGAUGCAUCAUAAAACAUCUGGAGGGGCUGGUGGUGCAAUAUGACCUGACCGUACGAGACAGUGAUGGCAGUGUGGUGCAGUUCCUUUAUGGUGAGGAUGGCUUGGAUAUCCCAAAGACUCCGUUCCUGCAGCCAAAACAGUUUCCUUUCAUUACUGAUAACUACGAGGUCAUCAAAAAAUCGAAGCACUUGGAAGAGGUAUUACGUAAAUUGGAUUGUGCGGCUGCAGCCAAGCACCAUAAAGCAGUAAAGAAAUGGAAGUCGAGGCACUCUGUUCCCUCCCCUCGUCUCGGUGCGUUCCUGCUGUUUUCACAGAAAAAGCUGGGUGAAAUCAAGGAGGUGACUCCAGAAGGAAAGAUGUUGUAUACCAGAGAUCCUGUAACCCAGCGAUUGCAGGAGCUUUGGGAGUCGCUGGAUGCAAGGAGCAAAAAUAAAUAUUUGAAGAAGGCUGCUCACUGCCCUGACCCCUGCAAUUCUGUUUAUCGUCCGGAUAUGUACUUUGGCUCAGUUUCAGAAGACUUUAAUGACAUUGUGCAUAAAUACUUAAAUGAAGAGGAAUUCAAUGCUCCCAGAAAAUCCAGCAAGUCAGAGCUGUCACCAGAAUGUUUGAAGGACUUCCUGAGCCUGAAGUGGCAGCGUUCUCUGUGUGAACCAGGAGAGGCCGUUGGACUGCUCGCUGCACAGAGUAUAGGAGAGCCCUCGACGCAGAUGACACUGAACACUUUCCAUUUUGCUGGCAGAGGAGAAAUGAAUAUGACUCUUGGAAUCCCCAGGUUGCGUGAAAUUCUACUGGUGGCAAGCGCUAACAUUAAAACUCCGAUGAUGACCAUUCCUGUGCUGAACACCAAGAAAGCAUUGAAGAAGGUUAAAAAGUUGAAGAAGCAGCUUACAAGGGUGUGUUUGGCAGAGGUUUUGCAUAAAAUUGAGGUGAAGGAUUCCUUUCAGGUUCAAAGUAGACUGGAGAAGUUCAGGAUUUAUAGAAUAAAAUUUUAUUUUCUGGAUUACGAACUGUAUCAAAACGAGAAAUGUUUGACACCGGAUGAUCUAUUGCACUACAUGGAAACCAGGUUCUUUCGACUACUGCUUGAGAAGAUUAAAAAGAUAAGCACUAAACUGGGUUCAAUUAAAGUUGUGAGUACACGGAAAGCUACACAGAAGGAUCUGGAUAAUGACUCGGGAGAAAAUGAUGCAAAGCAGACACAGGAUGACCAUGAGCCGGCUGGUGAGGAGGAAGUCCAAAUUGUUGACGCAGAACCGGAUGAAGGAGACGCUGAUGCCGCAGAUGCCAAACGCCGUGAAAAACAGGAAGAAGAGAUUGAUUACGAGAGUGAAGAAGAGGAGGCCAUGGAUGAUGCAGACGAACUGGAUGAGAAGGAAGAUGAAGAUCUUCCUGAGGACAAGCAACAUGAACUCAUCGACCAAGAUUCUUCUGAACCUUUUGAGCCUGCAAAGAGCAAAAAAUCAACGAGUAGAAAAAAGGAUACCACAGGGAUGAUCGUAGACCCAAGAGUAAAUGCAGUGUUAAAUUUAAAUCCUGCUAUUGAGGCGUAUAAAUAUGAUGAUAGUGACAGUCUUUGGUGUGAGGUUACACUGAAGCUGCCGAUCAUGAAGGUGCACUUUGACCUCUCCUCACUGAUCAUGUCAGUGGCACAAAACGCAGUUGUUUACGAGACCAGAGGAAUCACUCGUUGCCUCUUGAAUGAAACGACCAACAAGAGAGGAGAGAAAGAAACUGUUUUGAACACAGAGGGAAUAAACCUGACCGAGAUGUUCAAGUAUGAUGAUAUCCUGGACCUCAGCCGCCUGUACUCAAACGAUAUCCACUCUAUUGCCAGCACGUAUGGCAUCGAGGCUGCUCUUAGAGUCAUAGAAAAAGAAAUCAAAGAUGUGUUUGCUGUUUACGGUAUCCAAGUGGACCCACGACAUCUUUCUCUCGUGGCAGAUUACAUGUGCUUUAAUGGAUCGUACAAACCAUUUAAUCGCAUUAGCAUUCAGUCAAGCUCUUCGCCACUUCAGCAGAUGACCUUUGAAACCAGCUACAAGGUUUUAAAACAAGCAACUAUGCUAGGCUCUCAUGAUGAAUUGAAAUCUCCAUCAGCCUGCCUAGUGGUUGGGAAAGUGGUCCGUGGUGGCACGGGGCUUUUUGAUUUGAAGCAGCCUCUUAAGUGACUCAUCUGAUUAAAGAGUAAAAUAUUCUCGGAAGUAGAAACAGACAGGAAAUUAUGUUUUGGGAUAUUUUUAUUGUACAUCCUGUCAGACUCCAGAUCAACGAAGACAGACGCAGAGGAAUACAAAAAUACCAC